GUUGUGAAAAUUGCAACAUUUCUAUCAACAACGGAGAGUAUCGAGUCGGAUUUCAGCCCUGUGAUCAUUAAUAUUUCCAAAACAGCGCUCUUAGAUACCAACUUUGGCCUUCAUUUUCUCGGCUUCUAUUUAACGAAAAUGCUUCAUUUUUGGAAUUUGAGUUCUGGCUAGGAGUACAUUUCAAAUGAGUUAUUUUAUAAGCAUGAUCAUAUUGGGACUUUAUAGCAGUUCUAAUACCUUAAAUACCAAACAUAGCAAAGAGUGAAAAUAAGAUAAUUCUCAAUACUCUUUAACUUCAAUUAAAAGAUGUUUUCAAUAGUGAAAGCAUGAGAUGUGAGAAACUUUUCCCGCCUCUGUCGGCAACACGUGCUUGUGCUAGACAGAACACGAACUGUGCCCUCGGAUAUCUUUACCAGGAAAUGGUCUUAAACUAGGACAGUGGAACGUAAAUAAUUUAACGGACUCUAAGCUGGAGCAAAUAAGGUUACUACUAACCGCGUAUCAACAUGAAAUUGAUGUGCUUUUUCUAAUCAAAACCUUCCUCAAGCCAAACAAGCCUGGCUGCGUUCUACAAAUACGUAUACCUGGCUACACGUUUUUCAAAAAAGACCGACAAGGAUCGAAGAAAGGCGGUGGAAUUCUUGCGUAUGUUGCUGACAGACUUAAGGUCGAAAGAAUCACAAGCCACAAACAUGUAAGUGUCCACAACUAAAUAAUAUCACAAAUGUGUUUACAUUCUUAGUAUGUUUUCUGAAAAAAAUCCUUGCGAUGCUUGUAGCCUCAGCAUUUUCCCAGCAAAAAUAGAGCAUAUACCAACUGCCAAAAUUAUUCAUUCUACAAAAAUGUACGAAGAAAGUUUGUAAAUAAAAACCUGAGUUUUAAUCACCAUUCAACUGUGGCAAUGUUAGCUUUGACUGCAGCAGUGUUAGCUCAGCUGGUACAGCAUGUGACUGCAAAACAUGAGGUUGAGGGUUCUAUUUCCGGGGCUGGACCAAUACUCAGGGUCUUAAAAUAACUGAGAAAUGUGGGUACUCCCUUUGCACUGCAAGCAGCUAGACCAUUGUGUGGCUCAGAUGACCACAUAAAACGUGUCCCCAAUUAGUAAUUUUGUGCUAAAUAUACUGACACUCAAUUAAAGUUCUUUUUCUUUUACUUAGAACUCAAAGUGAAAAAGUUACAGUGUAACAAUUUCAACAGUGGCCACCUAAGGACUUUUUAAUUUUAGUGGCUGAUGAAAAUUUCUUUUCAUUGUACAUCUUUUGUUGUAUCAUGCUUGUCCAUCUUUGCUGAAUAUUGUUUGCUUAUUUAAAGUAUUGCCUGACAGCUGAAAGAUGACGGUUUGGUUUAUUUACCAACACUGGUUCUACAUUAAGUAGCCACUUAUAAUUGAUUUGUCGCAUACCAUGUGUUGAGCUGAUGAACAUUGCUCAACAUAAUUUUUAUUUCAAGUAAUGAGUGAAAAUACUUGAAAGCUGGUUAAUUUUCCACUGAUGAGAAACCUUCAUGAGGAGUUAUAAAUUGUAAAGAUAUUUCCUACCUUCAAGAAAUCAAGUUUUGGGAAAGCUAUGUGUUUGCCCUUGCCAUAUAUAGUCAUGUAGUAAAAAAACAUUAAGUACAGGCUUCAUUAUUUUUGUUGAAGUCAACUUUAUUUAAUGUGAUGCAUAAGUACUGCUCCAAGAGAUUACUGCAUAUGAGAUGAAAGAGUGACAAUUUUUGAAUUUUUGAAGAGGGAGAUUGUAUAAUGUACCUUAUCUUUAGGAAAACCUUCUAGAGACAAAUUAUGGAAAAUCUUGUUUUUAUGAAAAAGACUUGUCAACAAUCACAAUGCCUAAAUAGUUUAAGUGACCUCUUUUUAAUUAUGGAUUAUUGUUUUAUUUUCUAAAGUAAUUAAAUUUUUUUGUGAUAUAAUGUAAAUUUUAAUGCAUUAGCUUUAGUGGGGAAAGUUAAUUCAAUUUGAUUUGAAGUUAAUUUUAAUGUAGUAAUUACUGGGAAAGGACAAAGUGUGAAUUGUGCGAACUCCAUCUAAUAUACAGCAAAGUGCUUUAUUUGUACACCUGUCCAUGUCUGUAGCUUUCGUUUUCUUAACUUUUGAUCGAUUGAUUUUGCUAAGUCCAUUUCCAACUUUCUUUUUCCUAGAAUUUGAGACAAGGAAAACAGCAACCACAAUGCAUCAAUAACGUAACCCCCAGAAACAUAGGAAUCUUGUUGUAAGAAGUCGUAUGAGAACAGUACAAUGGAAAAACGAAAAAUCGACAAUCCAAGAGCAGCAGUUAAUUUAUUGAAACAUGGCACUAACAACAAUCAGGUAAAACCCUAUAAGUGCGAGUAUUGUGACAAGUGCUUUACCCAACGAUCAACUUGCAAGGAACUUGAACGUACUCAUACGGGACUAAAACCUCAGUGCAAGCAUUGUGAAAAGUGCUUUGCACAUCUAGAGAAUUGUAAGUGGCAUGAAGUUUCACACACAGGAGUGAAACGUUAUUAGUGUAAGUACUGUGAUAAGUGCUUUGCCCAGUCAUCAAAUUGCAAGGAGCAUGAACUGACACUGUGAGCGCAAAACGUUACUCACAGGACGAUCGUUUAAUCCCACGUUAAGACAGAAAAUUCUUGACGCGCUUUAAGAACUUUCGCUACAAUAAUGAUGCUCACGACGAUAAGGAUGUAAACAAAGUUUAUUGAAGCGAAGCGAUGAGACGUUAACAACGCUGAAAAGAAGCGAUGCGAAGAGAAGCGAUGAUCAGGCGGUGUAAACGAAGAAAACGAUAUACAAAGCGGUUUCGAAAACUAAGAAAUAAAUACAGCGAAAACUAUAGUUAGAUUAACUAGAAACUACCUUAAAACUACGAAAACAAACUUUGGAUAUACGAUGCAAAAAAGGCUAUAUAAAACGUAACAUAUCAUGCACAAAGUGAAAAGACUUACUUCUGUGUCCGCUUUAGGGAUUUCACAGCGUUGACGUUGAGCCUUACUUUGAUCUUAACACUAUGACAUGUUGACUAGAACUAAAAAAGUUUCUUGAUCACGUUCGACAAUACUAACUAAUACAAAGGAUAAUAGAUUUCUUUGUUUGUAAAUCAUACCUAAGCAGGUACAUCCGCGGCGAAAACCACAAAUACUAUAAGAUAAUAACGCAAACGAAACUAAAAAGGGUUCGAAAGGAAAUACGAAAAACCAGAAAAUAUUUGGCAGUAACAGACACACACAGGAGUGAAACCUUAUCAGUGUAAGUACUGUGAUAAGUGCUUUGCCCAGUAAUCAAAUUGUAAGAACUAUGAACUGACACACACAGGAGUAAAACCUUAUCAAUGCAAGUAUUGUGAUAAGUACUUUACUGAUUCAGCAUAUUGCAAGCAGCAUGAGCGUUUUCAUUCAGGAGUGAAACCUUAUCAGUGCAAGUACUGUAAUAACUGCUUUAGCAUAUUGUCAAAUUGCAAGCGACAUGAGCGUACACAUACAGGCAUGAAAUCCUUUCAGUGCAAGUAUUGUGAUAAGUGCUUUACACAUUCAUCAACUUGUAAGCAACAUUACAGGCAAACCAGGUCAAGCGUUCCCGUCGCUAACGAACUAAUGAAUUCAUUCACGGAAAAAUGAUUUCGUUUGUUGAUUCAAUAAUCCAUUCAUAAAAUGAAAAAUCCAAUGUCCAUAUUCAGCCUCGAUUCCAUAAUCAAAUGUUGAUUCGAUUACUGUUUUUUGAAAAACUACACUUUCCACAAGUUGACCUCAGAAUUUUGUUUUUUCCUCUUUUUUUUCUGAGAGUCGAGUGCUGGCGAGUUCUGAAGUUCAAACCCCAACAAACUGUUACAUGUACGCCAGUUUGCUGCCAGUAAUCAGUGCAACAGACCUAGGCCUGACCUCUUAGAAAACACAACGGUCAAACUACGGUCAGUGUAUGUGCGGUGAUUGGUGGAUUUCGAUCCUCGGCCUUUGUCAGUUUCUCAUAGUUUCUUUGCGUUUGCGGUCUGUCUAUUCUAGUUGUUAUUUUGAUUAAAGGCAAUGAAAAACGCAAUCGUAAACGGUAGGAAAAAGGAAGCAAAUACGAUUGAACACAACAGACAAGAAUAAAGAACAGGUAGAUUUUGUUCAUAAACCAAAUCAACAUUUGAUUAUUGAAUCGAGGUCCAAUUUGCCUGUUGGAUUAUUCAUUUUAUGAAUGGAUUAUUGAAUCAACAAACAAAAUCAUUUUUCCGUGAAUGAAUUCAUUAGUUUGUUAGCGACGGGAACGCUUGACCUGGUUUGACUGUAAUGUUCACACACAGGAGAGAAACCCUAUCAGUGUAAGUACUGUCAUGCAAGGAGCAUGAACUGACACACACAGGAGUGAAACCUUAUCAAUGCAAGUAUUGUGAAAAAUGCUUUAAAAAAUCAUCAUCUUGUAAGAGGCAUGAAAUUUCCCACUCAGGAGAAAAACCUUAUCAGUGCAGGUAUUGUAACAUAUGCUUUAACAACUCAUCAACUAGUGUGAGACAUGAACAAAUUCACAUUAAAGGGAAAUCUUCUAAAGAAGUUACAAGCCAGUUAAGCAUAUUUAGCUGUUGGAUAUGUCAAGAGGAAUUAAGUAGUCAGGAACUUCUUCUGGAACACUAUGAUAACAACAUGAGACCAGAGUGA